UGCAGCCUCUCUCUCCGCCUUUCAUCUGCACCAACAGCCACCGCCUGCACUUUGAAUAGCCCCGCCUUGUGCAGUCUUGGGAUAAUAAACUCAUCUGCUGCAGCUUGAGCAUUGUUCCUUGCCUUUGGUUUUCCCUCUCUCAACUGUUGCAGCCUCCCCGUCUUCAUCUCUUUUCACAACCCGGCAAUCUUUGUUCGGUUUCCAUCCAAUCCGGCCUCUGCAUUGUCAUCCCCAGCCGCAACCGAGAGUCCAUCUUAGCCAAGACGGCCAUUAACAGCGAAUCCUUACCACGAAAGGGUUCAGCGACACAGCAGGUAAGCUGCCUUUACCCCAAAUUACGGUGCUUGGUUGGCCCCUGAGCCCUUGUAUCUCCCCCACCCCCAGGCGCCUACCUCUAUAGCCUUGAGCAAGCUCUUGAUAGCGAUCAACUCCUGGCAUCCCAAGCGGAUAAGUUCCAGUAAGGUAGGUCAAGUUAGUCGGCGAGGCUAGGUCUUGGCUUAUUACUGCGAACAGGGCCUGAGGUGGCACGGGAGGUGGCUACUGGUGGCAUACCCUGGGCGCCUCUCUCGUGGCCCUCCACUGCCUGGGCUUGCUGGGCUUGGGGGCGUCUAGUCCAGUGCCAGUCUACGGAGUAGUCCACUCAGUGAUACGGUACAGUCUGUACUGAUUAGAGGUGGAGCGGCUCCCAUCGUUGAACCUCCUCCUGUGGCCUCACCUUCUGCGGCACAAAACGCGUGAACUACACCUCGGUUUUGUGUCAAGUUUCUUCUCUGACCUAUCUUUUUAUGCAGCUGUGAAACUCACCUGAGGAUCCAUUCGAGUUCUGUCGCCGCUUGUCACAUCCAAAACAAAAUCGUCAUCGUCGCACCUCGUUCUCUUCCGUUAUCCGGCCUUCGAGUCCCUGGCCUGCCUGUUUGACCUGCCCCUCCCAGGCGCUCUAACCUUACCUACUACCUACCUACACUCUAGUCUGCAUUACAUCCACCAUCUUCGUACAGACACAACAAUUGUCGCUUCCAUCAUCUCCAUCAGCCCCUCGACGACUUUUUGCGCUUCCACAUAAUUCGUCGAUCCGAUAUCCAUUUCCUCCGACUUUCUCCUUAUAAACGAUCGCAACAAUGGCUCAGCCCGGCGUCCAGUCAUUGAAGUGCGUGGUGACUGGUGAUGGUGCUGUUGGAAAGACCUGUCUACUCAUUUCCUACACCACAAAUGCCUUCCCCGGCGAAUACAUCCCCACUGUCUUCGACAACUACUCGGCGAGUGUUAUGGUAGAUGGCAAGCCUAUUAGCCUUGGCCUCUGGGAUACUGCUGGUCAGGAGGAUUACGACAGACUGCGACCUCUCUCAUACCCCCAGACCGAUGUCUUCCUCAUCUGCUUCUCCAUCGUCAGCCCUCCUUCAUUCGACAACGUGAAGGCCAAGUGGUAUCCCGAGAUUGAUCAUCAUGCGCCUAACAUUCCCAUCAUCCUUGUCGGAACCAAGCUUGAUCUUCGAGAAGACGCCUCCACCCUCGAAUCACUUCGACAGAAGCGUAUGGAGCCUGUGUCGUACGAGCAGGCGUUGACCUGCGCCAAGGAGAUCAAGGCCUACAAGUACCUCGAGUGUUCUGCCCUCACUCAAAGGAACCUCAAGAGCGUUUUUGACGAGGCCAUCCGAGCUGUUCUUAACCCUCGACCCACACCUUCGAAGCAAAAGAAGAACAAGUGCUCCAUUCUGUAGAUAUCCAUCUAACGAACGCUAUUCCCGCGCGUGGCAAGGCACGCGCUCGAUUUUCUCAACGAAAGCGUCUGGACGACGCGAAAUGACACGAAGAACUCAGGACGAAUGUUUAAUAGGCAUUCAGCGAUACAAGACGGCGGCUCUUGACGGAAUAUCCCCUGGGAGCGGCUGGGGCUAGACUAGGCUAUUGCUUUUUUCUCGAGGCCCGAUACCCGUACCCAGAACAUGACCCUCGCAACGAUCAUGCGGAGGCAACUGCAUAUGACGAUGGCUUUUAAUUGCAAGGCGGUUCUUGAAUGAAUUUUGGGUUUUUACUAUCUGCGGUUACGUGUUUCCAACCGUUGCUUUUUAUUAUUUAUCUCUAUUUGCUCAUAUCUCAUGCUGUGGCCUCCUCGCGGAGUUUAUACCGAUUUUGCCAGUAAUUCAAGAACCGGAUUGCAGUUUGGACAGAUGAUUGCUUGCGAUUGUUUUGUGAUGUUUUGUUUUAGACAAGUGUCUGUUUUACCUGUGGAGGUAUGUUGAAUGAACACGGCUAUCAUGCCUCAUAUCUGGCAUUCACUCUUGAAACUUGCAGUUUGGCACCUCGUUUCUGCGAUGUACAGUCGUUGGAGUUCUUCCACCAGCGGUCAAUUUGUCCGUCUCGAAUAAGAAUUGGUCUCUUGGGUUUGUUGCUAUGGGCGAAAGAUAUUGCAUUGCUGUUAGGGCUUCCAAUAGAGUAUACGUUCACUUAAAUCGGAGCGUAAACAGAAAAGAAUCUACAGUGUACACUGGUUGAUAUAUACGAUCAACAGUCUGUUUAUAUAGGCGUUCACCUGAAGCAGAAAUAUCUCAGAAUCAGUCAAAAGAAGUAGUGAUAUAGAAAUAUAAUUCAUCGUUUGUUCGUGAGGUCAAAGAUCGACUUCCUUUGGGUA